AUGAAAUUCGUUUUAUUAAUAUUCACGCUACUUGAAAAACUGUCCGAAUGUCGCCAAGAAUACACUCCCUACGGCCGGCUAAUCGAGUCAAAUAAGCUGUUUCAUCACAAGAAAGUAUCAGCAAGCCGCUCAAUCCACAAAGCUCGCGGUGACAACAAGAAGAAGUCACGAUACUAUCGCCCCCCACGGCAGCGGAAAAAUGAAAACCAAGAAGGAGGUCGCCGCGGGCCUCGAGGAAUGCCCGGGCCACCUGGUCCUCCCGGAACUUGUCCCGAAAAUGUCUGCAGAGCUGCAGUCGAGCCUCAAUUUUCAAAUUUGCUUAAAGAAAUUGCAACACAGCUGGAAAACGAGAACCUUCAAAGCACGCCGGCUCGAAUCGCCUUUACAGUAGGAUUGUCAGACAAAAACUUUACCCGUGUCAAUUCGAAGCCAACUACAGUCGUUUAUGACAGAGUAAUUCUCAACCAAUCAACAGGAGAAGCUGGUUUUGGCCGCGGUGGAUAUUCGCCGAUUUCUGGCGCUUUCGUUGCUCCAGUUGAGGGGAUCUAUCAUUUUACAGUCACGGCGCUACAGAAUGAAAAGAGGAAACAAGUGUUUGUUGUCUUGACAAAACAGCCGGAAGAUGUUGCGCUCUGCUCGAUUACUUCGCAGGGAAACUAUCAAUCAUCAUCGUGCUCGGCGUUCGUGCGUCUCAAAGUCGGCGAAUUCGUUCAAGUAGAAUUGCUGCGCGGCGUGUUACUCGGUCAUCCAUAUCUUUUCAACACCUUUUCCGGAUCUUAUUACGGCGACUAG